AUGACACAAUCUCAAACCCCCGGGCUGGACACGCUUGCGGAAGGGUCGCAGUAUGCGCUGGAACAGCUCCAGUUAGCACGUGAAGCUAAUGCUGCCGACAUCCCGACCGAUCCUAGUAACACGAAGACGUCGCAACAUUCCCACCAUAUCCUCUAUGGCGAACAAAACAGUUCUAAUUCAGGUCUGAAGGAUCCUGAAUUGCGCGAUUCCCUUGCUGAGGCGCGCUCCGCUAUUCGCAAAAACUCAUCCGCCACUCCAGCCCGUCGGAGAAUUAGCCGAGCCUGCGACCAGUGCAACCAAUUACGAACCAAAUGUGAUGGACAUAACCCUUGUGCGCAUUGUGUCGAGUUUGGACUCAGCUGCGAGUACGCCCGCGAGCGCAAGAAGCGUGGGAAAGCGUCGAAAAAGGAUAUAGCCGCGACUGGAAUUGCCGAUAGUGACAUGGGUGGCAACGAAAACAUAACGCAUGUCAAAGGGCAGCCCUCAAACGGACAGUCUUUACACGAAUCCAACGAACAUUACGAUCGCGCCUUUGACGCCGCGCGGACUCUAACUGAAGGUGCACAAUCUCGGUCGCAUAACGCGGAUGUGGCUAGCUUAUCUGCCAUGCGCCAAAACCAAGCGCCUGUUCAAGCACCUUCUCAGCAGCAGAUGAAUUCCAAUAUGGCGGGCAUGCCAUUCAAUAAUUACGCAGCACUCCAAGAAUCCCACCGACCCUCGAUGUCCGUGUCAGAUAUGCGCUCUAUACAGAUGAUGCAAAACUCAAAUGGAAACCCUCGGUCGCCGGGUUCAAUGCUUCAACAUCAAGCGUUUGCGGGGUAUAAUGAUGGCGCAUAUCCUUUGAUGAAUGCGCAAGACGCAAAUACGAGCUCUAUGAACCACUUCCGCAUUGGAAACUCGACGGAGAACCCAUCGGCUUCUUUUAUGGGCUUCUCUCCUCCAGCGCAGUCACCUAGCUGGUUGCCACUUCCUUCCCCAUCACCCGCAAACUUCCCUUCCUUCAGCAUGCCCCCUUUCUCCAGCUCAUUGAGAUACCCGGUCUUGCAACCAGUUCUUCCGCACAUUAUGUCUAUAAUCCCUCAAUCUCUCGCCUGCGAUCUCCUCGACGUCUAUUUCACUAGCUCAUCAUCCUCACAUCUUUCUCCGUCAUCGCCUUAUGUGGUUGGCUAUGUCUUCCGCAAACAAUCGUUCCUACAUCCUACAAAGCCGCGAUCGUGCACCCCUGGACUUCUCGCCAGUAUGCUGUGGGUCGCAGCUCAAACAAGUGAAGCUGCAUUUUUGACAUCACCCCCUUCAGCUCGAGGCCGAGUCUGCCAAAAGCUUUUGGAGUUGACUAUUGGCCUACUCCGGCCACUUAUACAUGGUCCUGCCACUGGAGAAGCGUCUCCUAAUUAUCCAGCUAAUAUGGUAAUCAAUGGGGUGGCUCUCGGUGGCUUUGGGGUCUCCAUGGAUCAAUUGGGUGCUCAAAGUAGUGCCACUGGCGCAGUGGAUGACGUCGCUACGUAUGUUCACCUGGCGACCGUCGUCUCUGCUAGCGAAUAUAAGGCUGCGAGUAUGCGAUGGUGGACAGCUGCCUGGUCUCUCGCGCGAGAGCUGAAACUUGGCCGCGAAUUACCGCCUAAUGCGACCACCCGUCAAGACGGCGAAAUGGAUGGUGAGGGGGAUAUUGAUGUGAAUGGCAACAAGAGGCAACCGUCCUCUUUACUAGGCCACGGUCCAGGCAACUCUGUGAUUAAUCUCACAGAGGAAGAACGCGAGGAGCGCCGGCGGAUCUGGUGGCUAUUAUAUGCGACAGAUCGCCAUCUGGCGCUUUGUUACAACCGACCGUUGACAUUGCUGGAUAAAGAGUGCGAAGGGCUGUUGCAGCCGAUGAAUGAUGAUAUCUGGCAGGCGGGCGACUUUUCAUCUAUCAACUACCGCCGUGCUGGCCCAGCAUCUGAAUGCACUGGCCAUAGCAUGUUCGGAUAUUUCUUACCCCUGAUGUCUAUCCUGGGUGAAAUUGUAGAUCUGCAACAUGCUCGCAAUCACCCGCGAUUCGGUCUUCAUUUCCGUAACAGCGGUGAGUGGGAAAGUCAGGCCAUGGAAAUCAGCCGGCAGCUCGAUGUCUACGCCCAGAGCCUGAAAGAAUUUGAGGCUCGAUAUACCAGCUCUAUCGCCCUCGGGACCGGUGAGCCUGACACAGCCAUGGAAGGUUCCAAUAUCAACCACGUCAGUCCGUCUGGUCGGUCAAGUAGCACAGUAGGAUCGCAUGUGAGCGAGUCCAUUGUUCAUACAAGGAUGGUGGUUGCCUAUGGCACUCACAUUAUGCAUGUGCUCCACAUUCUGCUGGCUGGAAAGUGGGACCCUAUAAACCUGCUCGACGAUAACGAUCUCUGGAUCUCUUCCGAGUCAUUUAUCACUGCAAUGGGCCAUGCAGUCAGCUCUGCUGAGGCGGCCUCGGACAUUUUGGAAUACGACCCCGAUUUAAGCUUCAUGCCCUUCUUUUUUGGCAUAUAUCUUUUGCAAGGUAGUUUCUUGCUACUCUUGACUGCGGAUAAGCUGCAAGGAGAUGCCAGUCCCAGUGUUGUUCGGGCCUGUGAAACAAUCGUACGAGCGCAUGAGGCCUGCGUGGUGACUUUGAACACUGAAUAUCAGAGAACGUUCCGAAAAGUGAUGCGCUCGGCGCUAGCUCAAGUCCGCGGCCGUGUCCCAGAGGAUUACGGUGAGCAGCAGUCACGCAGGCGUGAGGUGCUAGCCCUUUACCGCUGGAGCGGCGAUGGCAGCGGCCUCGCUCUUUAG